AUGUCAAAAAAAAACUACACGGCAGUGAUGGAGUUUAUCCUGCUGGGCCUGACAGACCGCGUAGACCUGCAGCCUGUGCUCUUCGUGCUGUUUUUGAUCAUCUACCUCAUCACAGUCACUGGCAACCUGAGCAUGAUUUUCUUAAUCAGAAGUGACUUGAAACUCCACACCCCCAUGUACUUCUUUCUCAGCCACCUCUCCUUUGUAGAUCUGUGUUAUACCACCACUGUUGCUCCUCAGAUGCUGGUUAAUUUUCUGUCCAAGAGAAAAGCCAUUUCCUUUAUAGGUUGCAUGAUUCAGUUCCACUUUUUCAUUGCUCUGGUCAUCACUGACUACUAUAUGCUUGCUGUGAUGGCUUAUGACCGCUACAUGGCCAUCUGCAAGCCUUUGUUAUACACUAUUAAAAUGUCUAGCGGUGUCUGCCUGUCCCUCGUGACUGUACAGUACAUUUAUGGCUUUGUAAAUGGUCUAAUACAGACCAUCCUGAUGCUUCGAUUAACCUUCUGUGGGCCCAACGAGAUCAAUCACUUCUACUGUGCAGACCCACCUCUCAUGGUCCUUGCCUGCUCAGAUACUUAUGUGAAAAAAACUGCCAUGUUUGUGGUGGCUGGAUCCAACCUCACCUGCUCUCUCACCAUCAUCCUCAUCUCCUACAUUUUCAUUUUCACAGCCAUUCUGCGCAUCCGUACUGCAGAGGGGAGGCGCAAGGCCUUCUCUACCUGUGGGUCUCAUCUGAUGGCUGUGACGAUUUUUUAUGGAACAUUGUUUUGCAUGCAUCUCAGGUCCCCUUCUGAGACCUCUGUAGAGCAAAGCAAAAUUGUAGCUGUUUUCUAUAUCUUUGUGAGUCCUAUGUUAAAUCCUUUCAUCUAUAGUCUGAGGAACAAAGAUGUAAAAAAUGCAAUAAGGAAAAUUAUCCAGAAAUGA